AGCGAAGCAGCUGUGACCAACAAUAAUGUUAAUUCACAGUCCGGCAGGUACGAGUUUAAGGAAAGAAAAAAGCAUAAAUGAUCAAACAAAGGAGUUAUUUCAAAGAGAAGUUGUCAGGCAAAAGUCUGUCUUGAAUGUAAAGAUACUCCAGGUUCUCACACUGGUGUUUCCUCUUUGAAAAGAAGAUCUGAACCUUUAAAACCUCUUUUCAGAGAAGAUGAACAGGGAGGGAGAGGAGAUGGAGUGAUAAACUGCAAUAACCGGAGCGGUGGUGAAGGACUUUGUGUCGUUUCCAAGCGCGGUGGAGCGGUGCCGGCCUGUUGAGAUGGGAAAGCCCAGGAGCAAUCGGCCAUCUGCUUCUUGACUAAACAAGUUAAUUUGUGAGGAAGAAGCAGCCCUGCCAUUGAGGAGAAGAGGGAUGCAGGGGCCCGGCCGGUCUGCUGUGUACAGAAUGAGUCGGGCUGGGAUUUAACUCGACCAAGGGACACAUUGCGGUUGAUGGGGGGUCUGGUGGUGGCAGGGGAAGGACUGGGGUGUGUGUGAGCUCAACUGGUGACGCCAGGCUGAGUCCUGCUCCCCACGCAGCUCCUCAGUCCCAUUUCACACCAGAUCUUGUCUCACAUAGGAGUACUCCGCAAUUUUCCAUGUUUAGUGAAGCUCCUGGAAGGAGAGGAGGUUCUGCCAUCCCCCUCUGAAUUUACUAUGCAAGUGCCCUGUGGUUCCUCAGCUGCCUGUGAGGAGUUUCUUGUCUCUGCCACUCUAUAAAUCACCACCAAGGACACCUGCCCCGACCUCGGAUCUGCGUUACAGGCUCUGUGCUGUUCACUUCAGACACACACGUUUGGGAAAGCUGCCUCGCGUUUCCGCGUUUCACCGCUGCUGAACACAUGUCGAUGCCAACAGGCAAGUUUUGGAACUGGAUGGGUCCAAGCAGAGAUACAGGGCAAGAAAAAGGUGCUGUAACUGUGAUAACGAAGCUGCUUCCCCUGAUAGCGGAGCCCGGUUGGGGUUGUGGUUCCCUUUGUGGGGCAGGAGGGGAGGAGCUGAUGCUGGAGCUGCUGGUUGUGCUCAGUGCAAUCUGUGCUGGGCCUACUGGGGUGUAACCUUUUUGCAGUGGGGUUAAAUACCACAAGUACCGCUGAACUCGAUGACAAGCCCUCGGUGUCUCGUAGUGGAGUUUUUCCACUGGAGUUCAGCAAUGAAACACCGUCAGCCUGUGCAAUCGCAGCCUGUUCUCUGCAGAACCCGAGGUGCUCUGAGGAGGUGUUUUCCACUGAAAACUCCUCUUUUGCAUGAUGAUGUCGGCACUGUGAGCCUGGUGAUGCUGCUUCCCUUUCCGGGAAGAAAUUGUUGCCAAGAUCCAACGUCAACCUCCCCUGGUGCAACUUGAGGCCGUUUCCUCUGCUCCUGGCGCUUGUUCCUGGGGAGCAGAGCCCGACCCCCCCUGGCUCCAAGCUCCUUUCAGGCAGUUCAGAGAUCAGAAGGUCUCCCCUCAGCUCCUGUUCUCCAGCUGAACCCCCCAGGUCCCUCAGCCGCUCCAUCACACUUGUGCUCCAGCCCCUCACCAGCUCCGUUCCCUUCUCUCAACUCGCUCCAGCACCUCAAGGCCUUUCUUGGUGCGAGGAGCCCAAAACCACCCCCAGGAUUCAUGGUUUGGCCUCCCCAGGUCCCAGCACAGGGACAGUCACUGCCCUGGGCCUGCUGGCCACACCAGUGCUGGUACCAGCCUUUUCUUGUUGUGAGGGGCCCAAAACUACCCCCAGGAUUCAAGUUCCCCUGGUCCCAUGGGAGGUGACUCGAAUCCCCAGUUUGGAAAUGGAGCCCCAGAGCAGCAUCGCAGUGGCCACAGCCCCGACUCUCUCUGGCUACGCGGGGCCCUGUUUCAGCUCCGCUUUGUCCCGCUCGGGCUCCUGAAUAAUGGACGGGCUGUCAGCGGAUCCUGACGGGCUCUCGGGUUUCCCCAGGGGAUACGUGGAGGCUCCAUCACCCUCCAGCCUGUCCCUGCUGUCCUCGCUGGGAUCGGGUGUCAGUGGGUCCGGGUGCUCCAGGGAGGCGGGCGGUACCUGCAGCAUGUCCCUUUGUGCCCAUCCCACCCCAGCGCUCAGCUCUGGCCCCAACUGGGGGGACUGGUCCUCCCUGGGCUGGGUUUGUGUCUGUGCAGCCACACACACGUCUUGAAACAGCCUUUGCACCUGGGGCUGCUCUCACGUCCCCAGUUUAUACCAAAACCAAGCAAAAAUAGAACAUUUCAGUUGAAGGGACAAAAAUGUGCCUUGUAGCCCCACUUAAGCCACCUCUCUAUUCCCCAGCCAAAAUAAUAAUCAUCAUUAUCAUCACCAGAAAUUUAAUAAAUAAUAUAUAGCAAAUCUAUAUUGAAUUUAUAGUUACAUUUUGUUAUUGAUAUAAAAAUAUAUUUAUAUUCAAUGUAUGAUUAUUAUGAUUAUUAUUGUUAUUAUUUAAGGAGCAAAAAGCACGAGCGCCACGUUCCGGCCCGGAGGCAGGUUUGUGAGCAGCCCUCGGUACCAGGACCUGGGUUGUGCUGUGGCCCUCACCGAGGGUAAUGGCAUUUGGGGACCAAAGCGGGGAUUCCAGAGGCUCUGCCGUAGCGGUGCUGUGUGCUCCCCAAAAGCCAUGUUUCUAUGGCGGGGCUGCCUGUAGCACCCCCAAGCACUGGGGACCCCAGUGCUGCUCUGGGUGCCCCGUCCCCCCGCCCUCCUCUUCCUCCCACGAGGACCAAGUGCCGGUUCCUUCCUGCACAGCCAUGGAGGUCACGGGGCAUCUGUGGUGACGCAUCCACCGUCCCCAUCCUGCAGCUGCUGCCGGUUGUUUCGACAUCUCACGUGAACCACCACCCACAGCCCAUCCUUCCCACGUGUAAUUAAACAGAGAAUUUCCACUGGGCUGCACCAUCUCAGCUCCCUUGGGCCUCCUGGUGUCUUCCUGGGUGCAAAUCCCGUCCUGUCCCUGCUCCGAUGUGGACAGGGCAUCCCCACAGAGCAACGCAGAGGGACUCGCAUCCUGUGAUGGGAAUUUAAGAACCUAAAAAUCCAAGAGUGUGGGAAAAGUGAAAGCCGGCGGAUCUGGGAACCUGCAGACAUCCCUUCCUCACAUCCCAGCGCCAUCUCUGCUUCCUGCUCUGCCUUCUCUCUCCGCGGCCACCUUUGUCCUUGCAGAUGUGGCUGACGCCAGCGGUUCUGUCUGAACACACAGCGAGCAGCUGGGGCUGGAAGGUGAUGGGGUGAUUUGUAGAAGACAGAGCUUGCGAGGAGACGUCAGGGCUUUUCAAAGGCCUCGGCGCGGGACCCACUGCCAUGCGAUGCUCCCCAAAGCGCUUCCUCACGGCUGUGCUCGCAGCCUCCUUCCUCCUCCUCCUCCUCCUCAUCCUCCAUGGGGGCGGCCGGCAGGAACAGGAUCCCCUGGAGGUGGAACUUGGGGAUGUGGCCCCGGCCACGAUCCUGCAGCUGCUGCAGCCGGAGGGAGCCCAGCGCAUCCUCAAGGACACGGGUGACUUCUCUGUGCUCCACAACAUCUCCUACCACCUCCUGGCUGGUUCCCACUCCCCCCACAAAAAAUUCCUGGCGGUGGGACUGGCGUCAGUGCGGCGGCCACGUGGCUACUACCUGCCGGCCACACUCCAGUCCCUCUUCAUGCAGUCAACGGAGGAGGAGCUGCAGGAGAUGGUGGUCGUGGUGCACCUGGCUGAUGCCGACCCCGGCUGGAACGUGCGUGUGGCCGCUGACAUUGCCCGCAAGUUUGCUCAGCAGAUCCUCCUGGGCCGGCUCCUGCUCAUCCACGCUCCCCAUGAGUUCUACCCCACGCUCCAGGGCCUUAAGAGAAACUACAAUGACCCGGAGGAGCGGGUGAAGUUCAGGUCCAAGCAGAACGUGGACUACGCCUUCCUUCUCACCUUUGCUGCCAACCUCUCCUCCUACUACCUGAUGAUUGAGGACGAUGUGUGGUCCGCCAAGUCCUUCCUGACGGCCAUCCGCAAGGCGCUGGCUUCCCGAGAAGGCUCCAACUGGGCCACCCUUGAGUUCUCCAAGCUGGGCUACAUCGGGAAGCUCUACCGCUCCAGUGACCUUCCUCGCUUGGCUCGCUUCCUCCUCCUCUUCUACCAGGAGAUGCCCUGCGACUGGUUGCUGGUCCAUUUCCGCCUCCUGCUCACCCAGAAGGAUGUCAUCCGCUUCAAGCCCUCCCUGUUCCAGCACAUGGGCCUCUACUCCUCCUUCCAAGGCACCAUCAACCGGCUGGAGGACGAUGAGUUCCAGCCUGACGCUUUGGACAUCCCGGAUAACCCACCAGCCACCUUGUUCACCAGCAUGUCUGUCUUUGAGAACUACGAGCCCCUCAAGGCUUAUAGCACAGCAGAAGGGUAUUUUUGGGGGAAAAACCCAUCGGCUGGCAGCGUCUUCUCCAUCAUCUUCCAGCAGCCGGUCCAUGUCGCCCGCGUGCGGGUGCGCACGGGCUCCCAGGAGCGCCGGGGCGAUUUCCUGCGCUUUGGGGUGCUGGAGCUGGGCCGGUGGCGGGGACCCAAUGGCCGCGACUGUGGCACCUACACCACGGUGGGCACCUUUGAGAAGGGGACGCUGGAGCGGCGGGGGCUGCAGAACGUCGUCCCUGGCCCCGUGGAGUGCGUCAGGAUCCGGGUCACCCGGGACCAGAGCGAGUGGCUCAUCAUCCAGAGCGUCGAGGUCUGGACCGCGGCGGGGAGCUGAGUGGCGACGGGCGCCGUGCCAAAGCGGCUGGACUUUGUACUAAGAGGCUCUUUAUUUUUCUCGCUCCCUUUUUUGAUAAGGAAUUAAGUUAUCAGCUCCGGAGGGCGGUGGGACGUGGAUGGGGCCGUGCCUGCCUGGGGGAUGCUCCAGCAAGGAGCAGCAGACGUUUGGGAAUUCAGGCUGGGCAGCAGCAAACAUUUCCUCCCAGGGAGGAUGGUGCACAGACAGAGCUAAUUAACUAAUUAAUUAACUAAAUAAUUAA